GGAAGAAAUCAAGUUCAGAUUGAAACGUUAUAUAUUGCCUGAAAAGAUAACGCCGUAUGCUAUGUACAAGGAUCUCACAAAAGAGAGGUCGGCUACCUUACUUCCUAGGACUUCACGAAGUCGUAACACUUACAUUCGGAUAUGCUAUGUCUCAUUUUACACAACCAGCUGGGCAAGCUCAUGUGUUAUUAAAGAAGAUGGGCCCCCAGAUAUGCCUAUGCUGUCCAGAAACCUGAAGUUUUGCAUAAAUAAACCUUACAGCCUAAUCUGACCUGCAAUUUCUGGAAUCACCUGUUGGAGGUCACCUGCUGGUGUCAACCAGCCCUCAGAUGGUCAAAUGUAGGUAUGCAGCAGGAAGCAAAAGAUGAAGUGAAGAAGAAACAGAGUAAAUAAAACGAAAAAGGCCUGUGAACAAAAGUCAAGCAUAAGCUACAUGCACUUCAAAGCAAUUAAUCAGGCACUACAUGAGUGCUUCUAGCAUCAGCAAAAGGCA